UGGCCGACCGCGGCCGGCGGCCGGUUCAGCCAAUCCGCGAUCCCCACGAUGAGGACGAUGCCACGCGUAUGAAAGCGCGAGCCUAUCGCUUCGCCGACGCAGCGCCGCGUCCACUCAGCCGCUCAUUCGUCGCGCGCUCCUCGUGGACGGUGUCUUUCUCAUUAUCCCGUCCUCUUCAUCGUUGCCGUCGUCGUCGUCGCCGCCGCCGCCGUCGUUAUUCGUUACCGUCUGCUUCAACGAGACGAACCGUAUUAUUCCGACUCGGUUCUCCGAAGGUACCAGCAACGAGAAGAGAGUGUUCCGGGAUCUGGAAAGAGAGAGGGAUUCUGAUCAACAUGAGGGGUUUCGUCGGCGAAUUUUGUCUCGCGGCGCUCUGCCUCGUCGCGGCUUGUCUCGCCAAGAUCGAGGUCGACGAGGGUGUCUUGGUGGUCACUAAGGACAACUUUGACAGCGUCAUCGAGGACAAUGAAUUCGUGCUUCUCGAGUUCUAUGCUCCAUGGUGCGGACACUGCAAAGCUUUAGCACCCGAAUACGCUAAAGCAGCAAAGAAACUGGAAGACGAUAAAUCAACAAUCAAAUUAGGCAAGGUAGAUGCAACGAUCGAAACGCAACUCGCCGAGAAGCACAGAGUGAAGGGAUAUCCCACUCUCAUAUUUUAUCGUAAAGGAGUCCCGAUCGAAUAUACCGGUGGUCGUCAAGCUGACGACAUUGUCAACUGGCUGAACAAGAAGACUGGUCCACCUGCCAAAGAUUUGCCAACGAUCGACGAGGCAAAAGUGUUUAUCGACACGCACAAUGUCGCUAUUGUUGGAUUCUUUAAGGAUGUCACAAGUGAUGCCGCCAAAGUGUUCUUGGAAGUUGGUAAUAUUGUGGAUGAUCAUGUGUUUGGUAUUACUAGCGCUGAUGAAGUGUUUAAUGAAUAUGAGAUUGAAGAUGGAAAGAUUGUGCUAUUCAAGAAGUUUGACGAAGGAAGAGCCAUCUACGACGAAGAAGUUACCGUUAAAGAUGUACAAAACUUUAUUUCCGUACACUCGUUACCUUUGGUUGUUGAAUUUAACCAGGAUACGGCGCAGAAGAUUUUCAGCGGAGACAUCAAAAGCCACUUAUUAAUCUUCCUUAGCAAGGAAGCUGGCCAUUUUGAGGAAUAUAUGGAUGGAAUUCGAGAGCCGGCGAAAAAUUACCGCGGCGAAGUCCUGUUUGUGACGAUCGAUUGUGAUGAGACUGAUCACGAACGCAUUCUCGAGUUUUUCGGUUUGAAGAAGGAAAACGUGCCGGCUAUGCGACUCAUUAAGCUCGAGCAGGACAUGGCGAAAUACAAGCCCGAAAAUCCAGAGUUAACUGCCGAAAAUAUAAAGGAAUUCGUCACCGCUUUCGUGGAGGGCAAAUUGAAGCGGCACUUGCUUACGCAAGAUCUGCCUGAGGAUUGGGACAAGAACCCGGUUAAAGUCCUCGUUGGCACAAACUUCCACGAAAUUGCCUAUGACAAGGAGAAGGACGUUCUCGUUGAAUUUUACGCACCUUGGUGCGGCCAUUGUCAGCAGCUUGCACCCAUUUACGAUAAACUUGGUGAAAAAUAUAAAAACAAUAACAAGUUGGUCAUCGCGAAAAUGGAUGCUACUGCUAAUGAAUUGGACGAUGUAAAGAUUAUCAAUUUCCCCACACUCACGCUAUACAAGAAAGAGACGAAUCAGGCUGUAGAAUUCAACGGUGAAAGGACGCUCGAAGGUCUUUCCAAAUUUAUCGAAAGCGGCGGAGAGUACGGUCAAGCCGCGGAAGAGGAUUGCGGACAAACGGAAAUAACAGGCCAUAUGUUGAAUUUGUCAAAUUUGCACAAAUUGUUACACAACACUCUGUUAAUCACGGAGGAGGUGAAACAGAUACUGAAAAUGGAUUGCGACGAAGCGGCAUUCGUCUUAAAGCCGUGGCAGGUGAAGGACGUUGUUGAAAAACAAAUAGAUGAGGAGGGCAUUUGCAAUUGUAACAAAAUUGCGAGUGAAAACGAAGCUGAGGAAAUUGCCGCGGGGAUAGGACAAGCGAUAAUCCUGGCACAGGAACUGCGGGAAAAGUUGAAGCUUAAUGUAGCUUCGUCAAAGAAAAAAUCUUGGAGGAAAGACUCGAUUGAACAUAUUUAUUCGUCCAAUCUUACGUUGGUUAAUGACCGCAAAAAAAUAUCGAAAGAUAAUGUUUCAACGCGAAAGGUGAAUGUCGCCAGGAAUUCUGACGCCAAAAAACCUGCGCAAGUUAAAACCGACAAAAUAACUUGUAAUUUCACGGCGAAAAAAUUUACAUCGUCAAAACCUAUCGAUAAUGCAAAGCAAAAUGAUGCAAUCGAUAAAAAAAUACAAAAUAUAAAAUCGAAAACAUCGUCUAAUGUUGCGGCAAAAUUAAGGAAGGAAAAAGAUUUUAUACUAGAAAAUAAAAUACACGUUAAAAAAAUAAGUUCAGCAAAUAAAUUACAAGCUGGACGUAAUAAUUUUAAUGACAAUCCGCAAAAUUCAGAAAAGUCUUUAACGCCCGAAGCAUCAGCUGCCGAAUUGAACGAUUUAAUACGCAAAAUAGCAGCGCGACAAUCUACCGAGAGUGUGUUAAUUCCUUCUUCAGACCAUAGAAUUGAUUGUCCAUUACAUGGAGAUGACGCGCGUCAAUUUGUACAAGAACGGAUUGCAACGAUAGACGUAGUAGAAGCACUGCGAUAUUUUAAUGUACCGAAUGACAUCGUUAAAGUAUUGAGAUCUUAUCAUGCAUUUUUAAAGACUGAAAUUGAUGACUCGAACGAUACUAAGAAGAAUAGAUACGAGAAAUCACGUGAUGCUUUUCUAAAAGAAUUCGAAGUAAUGAAUACAGUCACGCAAGAUUGUUUACCACAAGAGUGUCAUUUGCUUAAAACAGCAGCUGAAUCAAUAUCUAUAUUUAAAAUUGUUAACGAAGAUUUAGAUUCGAUCCAACUGAAUGAUAUAAAGAAUACGCUCAGUCAAUUAGGAGCCUCUUUAAAGCAAUAUAACAUCAAGAAUGUUAUAGAAUCCGCGAUCGAAACACCAUUCUGUAAUUUUUCUUUGGCAAGAGGCUGGAUGUCGAAUGGUAUAUGGAAUAUAUCCUGUAUGGAACAUUUUGAAAAUUUUUCCCGAGCGUACAACAUAAGAUACCGUAACAGGAAGCAAUUGUUGUCGCUGUACGAAGCGAUACAGAAAUUGCAGCGCACAGAAUAUCUGAAUACAUUGAUCGUCAUUAUUUUACGCGACUUAAUGCCUACUGUCAAGUCUAACACUGAGCCUACGAGCGCAGAAUAUGCGUUGGCGUACAAGGUGAUGUUUAUUCUUCAUCAGGGUUUAAAUCCCAAAAUGCCAGUUUUAGUGAGAACCGAUUGAACCAAGUCCCACGCUAUACGAUAUAUCCUGCGUUACUAUAGUAACCAUCAUGUACGCUUAAUUGAUAAUACCUAGUAGAUAAUACUUUUGCGAAAGUAGAACUUUACUAGACAGACUGUGAAGAAUAGACGGAAAUAUAUGCAAAGUUGUUUCUUACA